UAUUGAACGUUGAAGGAACGUUUGCGGGCAGGAGUGGAUUUGUGGGGGUGAGGGGAGGGGGGUGGAUGUAGGAUCGAUCCCCGGGACCCACGCCGGCGUGCGGGUUGUCGCUGUCUCGACAGCCCAGUCGACUCUGUGUGUCGUACCUUCCACGUUCGUCGACAUUCGACAUCCAUCCUAGGUCUACCGUCUGCCACCAUCAGGUCAUGAGGACUCCAUUGAGGGACGACGGCUGAUACCCUGCCAACACACGACUCGACGCUGAGGAGAGGAUGGACAAAACAGGAACAACUUACCGCUACAACCCGUCCUUCCACAGCCAUCUCCAGCACACCAUGCAGAAGAACAACAACAAGUCAUCCCUGAGCAGACCCCUGGGUUUCCACGAGGACGACAGCCAAACCUGUUUCUGUUUUGAGAGCGACGACGACAGUGCUGACAAAAUCAGGUUCAAAAACACAAAGCGCAAACUCGCCAGAGGCUGCAUGAGCAACCUCAUGAUAUGCGCGAUCUUAAUCGGUUACACGUUCAUCGGAGCGGUCAUCUUCUUGAUCGUAGAAGGAGACUCGGGGUUCUACUCCAUCUCGUCGAGGUCGAAGAUACACUCAGUGACCGGUCAAAACAGAAGACCAGCAUCGAACGCGACAUGGCUGGCUAGGAUUAGCGAAGAGUCGAGAGCAAAAACUGUAGAAAAUAUAUGGGACAUCACGGUGAGCUUGAACAUCCUAUAUCGCGAGAACUGGACGCGACUGGCAGCUCAGGAGAUCACGAGGUUCCAGGAACAGUUGGUGCAGAAGCUGACGGAGGAGAUGGCUUCCAGGAGCUACUCUCACGAUCCGAGGCAGCAGAAGGUCGACUGGAACCUAGCCAAGGCUUUUCUUUACUCGCUGACGGUACUCACCACUAUCGGAUACGGCAACAUCACGCCACGGACGACCCUAGGAAAGGCAGUGACUAUGGGCUACGCCGCACUGGGGAUCCCCCUGAUGCUCAUUUACCUCUCCAGCAUGGGCAGCCUUCUGUCUAACUGUGCAAGGCAUAUCUUCACACGGUCACUGUGUUGCUGUCUAUGCUCCAACUGCGGCUACUGCUGCUACGACGAGAAGCGCAUGCAGGAGAAAGAGCGGAGGAUGAGGAAGAAGCGAGAGCAGAAGGAGUACGAGCAACAGCUGCAGACCAUCAGGCAUCACCAGGAGCCCUUCUAUGUGCGAUCACCGUCCUCGACAUUCACUACCUCCACCAGCAACAACAUGCACUCGCCGGUCCGGGUGGAGAGCGACGGCAUCAAGCUGGACUCGGAAUGUCUUAGCGCAGAUACCUCCGUUCUGGAGACAAAGCCGGGCGCCAGCUGUCUCGCACCUCUCACAUUAUGCUUCCUCAUCAUGAUCACCUACAUCUGUGGAGGUGCCGUCAUCCUGUGCCGCCUUGAGAGCUCCUGGAGUUUUUUGGACAGUAUAUUCUUUUGUUUCAUGACUCUCAGCACGAUCGGUUUCGGUGAUUCGAUACCAUCCGCGAGCGUUCUAUCGACCAAGAUCGGUUCUGGCAGGACGGGCGGCAGCCUCAUCAUCUGGUUUUGCUCACUCUACAUCCUAGCCGGCAUGGCACUGACGGCCAUGUGUUUUAAUGUAGUACAUGACGAGAUAGUUCACAAACUAAAACAUCACUACACCGGAUCAUCGCUAGCAGGGAGGAUGACCGAAGAGAACUCGGUGUCUACCAAGCUCGGUAGCUCGAGCAACUUCCUGGACGGCGAGACGACGGUCAACACGACUAUUGACUACCCACCCACGUCUUGACCCCCACCCCCGGAUACAGAGUACCCGCUGUUCGGACUGGGACUGCCGGUGCCGUUCGUCGACCCGCCGGCCCCGGCAAUGCCGGCCACGGACCUAACUAUGCCUCUCCCUCUUCCGCAGCCUGACCUGACAACUGUGGCGGAGGAGGACGAGCAGCACACCGUCAUGUGACUCAACGGAGUUGAAGAAGUGAUGGUGUAUGGGAUGGUAAGGUCUACAAUAGGCUCCACGUUCGCUUUACAUACACCCUAUGACACUUUGUCAUUUUUAAUUAAGAACAUUAUUUGCUAAAAUCAUAAAAAAAAAAUUUUCUUUCGAAAUGUAAAGAAAUUGCACAAAAUAAGUUUGUAAUUGUAAAAACCAUAAUGCCUCAUACAAAAACAAUAUAGAAUGUCCAAACCUAUUUGGAUUGUUAUACCGUAUCCUGUAUUUAGUUUUAAUUUAAUAAUUGUUAGAUGGUGAUGUUAUGAAAACUACUAUUUUACAAGAUAAUUAAAAACACGUUUGAAUGACAAAGGUGUAUAACUGAAACGACUUAUAUUUUAGUCAAGGCUGGAUUUGGUCUGGUUUUGCCCUUGUAUAAUAAUAUGCAGACCGAAUGCAACACUCAACACACACACACACAAACAUCGAUGAAUAUAUAUCUACAUAAACUAAGGAUGGCAAGUAAGAAGGAUGAGGGAAAGGCUCCAAACAACUCUGAGAGUCCCGCCCCUAUACGCUAGUGGUAUAAAAUUAAUCCAAUGGCAAUCGAUUUUUAAGAUGACUGAAAAAAAAAACAAAAAACGAGGGUGGUGAAGUAAGAGUUCAUGUACGCAUGCGCAUUCCACUCGCCACCUAAUUGACACGAUAUAUCCUGUGUAACACAAAAUAGGCUGAUGGCCACUGUACUGAGACAAAACUCUAGAAUGCUCAUGUAGAAUCUAGAAUAAAAUAACAAUUUUGAUCAUAAAAUUUUAAAGACAUUUUCUUUGCCACUUUAAAAUCCAGACCUACUUAUUAAGUCCGGCCCUAUUUAUGCAUACAAUGAUAUGGUUGUGAUCAUUAAUGUGUAAUUGAAUGUUUUCAAUGUUCGUUGUUAUAUUUUUGGAUUGAAGAAGGGGUUAACGUUAAAUAAGAGAAAAUGUAAAAUCCAUUCAGAAACGUUACUAUAAUACAUAUUACUUUUGCAUCAUUUUCAUUAUUAGAGAAAUAUCAAUAGCAAAUCAAUAGCAAGAGGCUUUUAGAUUGCUUUCUUUCAAGAAUUAUUUACUUAUCGGUUAUAUUUUUAUGACUCAAAAUAAUCUGUAAACAGAUUCUGUACAUAAAUGUUUGGAAUAUUUUAAGGGUUCUAAGAGGAGUUGGGGGAGGUAAAGCAUUUUCAGAGUCUGGGGCUCAGUUGGGCGUCAGUGAAACCAAGACGUAUCAUGGUCCAAUGUCAUGGGUUCACGCCCCGUUGACAUUACAUAAAAUAUAUCAGUUAGAUUUAUUCUUGUGCUAUUCUCACUCAUCCCCUGCUUUGAUGAAUAACACGUGUUAAAGUGCAUCUGAUAUCCGUAAAUACAUAAACAACCAAACCUUGUUCUCUGUAGUAAUUUUGUGAAUCGUGUGGAAAACCGAAGAGAAUAGGCACAUUUUCCAUUGUAUUUCCAUUCCAACUCCCAAAGACCAUUACAAAAAUUGAUAGGUAAUGAUUAUUACAAUCUUAUACUACUAAAUAAAUAUGCAGUUAUACAAUUCAAUAAAUGGAUAUUUAACUUAAAAUAAAAGGUAUGAUAAAUUUAUAUGCACAUAAUUAAUAAAUUGUAUCAUAUUGCAUUUAUCAUAUUUAUUAAAUAAAACCAAUUAACAAAAUUACUAUGUUGUUGGUAUGAAGCUAAACAAUGUCAAUACGUUUGCAUAGAGAUGACUUGUUUGUUGUGACUUUAUCUUAACACAGAGUAUCUACCGAACAAUUGCUUUACAAGUCAUGUAAACAAUCAAACCAGUAACGCAAAGGUUUUACCUGAAUUUCGAUUAUUACUUUAUACCUUCUUAGUUUCUACUUAUAAAACUCGCUGUUAACAACUUUUGUGUUUAGUUCUUGAAAAGUAUUGCCAUACACAAUUUCUUAGUGAAGUAGAAGAAACUAUAGAACAUAAAAUCACUAUUUAAGAAACCAAAGUGAUGCGCGCAGAACCAUUUUAAAUUAAGUGUAAUAGUAUGGUAUCGAUAUAUUGUCAGUUCAUGAAAUUUAUGUUAUCCUGCUCAUGUUGAGAUUUGACUAAAGAUCUGAGCGACUACUUACAACAACGUCACUUUGGCACUUCCUACUGACUUGUGUCAAGAGCAAGUUACGCUUCGUCAAGACUUUUGCUUCAAAGCUCAGGCUCGUUGCACACACACCGAUUUUGGACGUCCGAUCUUUUACCGGCUGUCCGAAUUCCAAUAGUGAACCACAGGCAGGAAGGGACCUUGCACGCACGCCGACCGCUGAUCGAACGGCGCCGGUAAAAUGCUGAUGAGCUGCCGGCCACUGCCACUGCAUACCGCCGGUGCCGGGGAUGUGCCGGCGACGUGCCGGCGACGCAGUGGCGUACGUAACUAAAUUCAAGCUUGCCAACCGUCCAAAAUCGGUGUGUGUGCAAAUAGCCAUAAUGGCUAAAAUCUCUUAAUUUUAAUUCAGAGAUUAUUAAAAAGUGUUCGGUCAUUAGUAAUACUACAUGAAUAAUAAUAAAUUAUUACUUUGUACCAUUUAUUAUAAAAGUCACGUGGCUAACCUUCUUAAUAACAAUUGACGUUACAAUAAUGUAAUCACAUAUGAACGAUAAAACCCGGUAAAAAUGUGUGAUAUAUAUUAGGUUUGUAAAAACUUUGCACACUGCUGGUGUGAAUAUUUAUUUACAUUUAUUUACAAAGGUAGCAUGGAAUCUUCGGUUAAAUAAAUGUAUUCAGCUGAGUAAAGAGGGAAAACAAGGUUACACAUAUGUUCAUGUGAAUUCAACAGUACAUUUACAAUAUACAGGGUGUGUGUGAACUGUGGAGCCAACCCAAAGUUGCAAUCAACAUGAAGACUGUGGAAUUAAGGGUGGACGUUUUUAAGACUAUAGUUAUAAUAGAUCUAUUAGUUUAAAGCUAUUGUAAGUGUCUUGAUAAUAAUUACUGUGCUUCUAUGUAUACAUAGUAUAAAAGUUGAUUAUUGUUGUAUGGAAUUAUUGUACAACAUGAAAGAUUUUGUUCAAUUUUAUGAA